AUGGAAGCCGACGUAGGUUCCGGAGGAGGAAGGAAGAGAAAAGUUGGCGGACUAGGGCGGACACUUUGGCAGGCUGCCAGGGCUCCAUUGAUAGCUCCAGCUCCAGCUCAGGCCGCAAGUAGCCAGGUACUACAUAUCAGAACUAUAGUAGUACCUCUGGGAGCACAAUGGCCUGAGGAGCAUUAUAAAUUCCCCAUCGACUGCAGCCGCAGGACAAUGCCCAGGACAACGUCGGCGGACCAUCCAUCUCUGGAACAAAAGAGGAAUGGGAACGUGGCGAGGACAUGCGGACUUGGUUAUCGCUUGCUCCAUCGUCAUUUCAUAGGGUCGUGCAUGGGGGUCUGGGGCGGUUGCAUACCCCCGUGGAAAGCAAUGUCAUCCAGUUCGCAGCGUCAUGGUGAUCAGCGUUAA